AUGACUUGGAAGCGACUCCCCAGCACCUGCAGCUGCCCCGCGUUGGCCGCCUCCUGCUCCCUCGUGCAGACCCAGCCGCGGCUCUUCCAGGCGUUUCUGAUCAUCCCCGCCCGCCCUCCUCAGGCUCCCGGUGUUGUCAUUCAAAUGCGCUUGUUCCGCUUGAGUUUAGGUGCGGGAGGGUUUAGUUGCCCUCUGAGCCGCGAUGCUCGCAGCGCCCCGGACUUUGUCAGAGAUGGCAGAAAGGACGGCAGGAAAACGCAGGGGGCCCACGCUGCGGAGCGUUCAAACGCGGAGGUGCGCGACUGCGGCGCUCGCCCCGCUCCGGAGGUCCCCGGCCACCGCUCGGGACCCGCGGAGCUGCGGCCAGAUGGCAAUGCCCAGCGGCUGCGUGCCCAGCAGCCGGAACCCCCCGGUCCCCGGAGCCGCACGGCUGCCAGCCCCAAAUCCAGCCUGCGGGAGAGGACAGCGAGGGGACCGCUGUGUGCUGGCUGCUGCCGCCUUACCCUGAGCCACCCGCCCGCAACGCCGCAGAGAGCAGGGCCGGGGCCGGCGGCGCAGCAGGGAUUUUCCCCCAGGGGCUGCGGUUAUGCGGUGAGGACCCGCGCCUUUUUUCCUGGCUGUGAAAGCAGGGCUUUGCUGGGGAGGUCAGUGCUGCUGCUGAUCGAACACAGCCAGAGGUUUGCCCAAGAUGGACCUGGAGUUUGGUUGGGCAGGAGCCAUCCCACCGCCCCGGGUGGGAGUGGAGAGAUGAGGAGCCCCAGCAGGCCAGCAGAGCUCCGCCACAUGUCCUUAGGGGAGAUGGACUGCACAACCCCACGAGAUCAGGAGAUGGAGAGGAGCGCCGUGUCCUUCCCUUUGGCCUGCCAGAUGUCCUACGGCUGAUACCAUCCACGCUGCUGCUCUUCCAGUGUGCUGUGGGGUGAGACCCACGGCCAAGAGACCAGGGCUGGGGCUGGAGCAUCAGGACCGCUCCACACCUCCAGCCUCCCAGUUCCCCAUGCCUCUGUAGGGCCCAGCCAAGGAUGUUUCUGCCCUGAGACCAGAGAAAGCUUCAGUGGCAGACACGGGAGGACGGGGCUGCCUGGUGAGUCCGUGCCGGGUUGUACUUGUUGUGAGCUGUGUUCCGAGGAGCCCCCGGGAAGGUUUUGAUCUCCUGCUCUGCUCCUGUGGAUGAGUGUGAGCAGCGGGGUCAGCAGGGCACUUUUGAGGAGCCCACAAGAAGCUCGUUUGCAGGAGAAGCUCCUUCCUAGCUGUGAUUGUAGAGAGGGCUGCCCUGGCAAACGGGAGGAGAUGGCUGAAAAAGGCUGACAUCCCCUGCUCCUCGGGGCAGCGAGGCUAGAAGAACGGCGGAGGAAAGCAGACAGCUUUCUGCAAGAAAUAUUGUGCAAAAACAGCAAAAUACAUGCGAGGCUCUGCGUGCUGGCCAGGAUGUGCGUGGGUGUGGGGCUGAUUUAUUUGAUACUCCACGAGCAGAGCUCGCCCCGAGCUCCCAAGGCGGGAGGACGAGGCGGAGGCUCUGCUGCCAGCAGCUUUGCUGCAAGCCUGCAGCCGGCGUUUCUCCCCCUGGCGGGUGGCUCCCGAGCUCCCCGGCAGCUCAGGGCACUUUUUUUUUUUGGCCUUUCCAGAAAAUUGCAGCAGCAGUUUGAGUGAGGAUGAACUCCGAGCGUCUCACGGUGUUUAUGUUGGCGGGGUGUGGUUUAUCCACGGCUUGAAACGUUCACUGGAACCUCUCGUAAUUGGAGGUUGAGGGCAAAGGAGCGCUGGUGACUGACCUGCACUAAUUGGAAAAGGGCUGAUUGAGGGCAUGGGGCAACGGGGUGGACCUCCUGGAUCCUGUAGGGCUCGGGAGGCUGCUGCAGGGAUGGGAGGGUUUCACCCUCGGUGUGGUGGGAUCAGUCCUGAUGUGGCCGUACCGCUACUGACGGCCGUGUCCCGCUCCCAGCGGGACCGUGUCCCUGGCCUGGCAGAACAACGUGGUCAGCAGAAAAGAUACUGGCUUGGGAAACCUCCAAAAGCAAUUGCUUAAACGUGCUGUUCUGUAAAGCCAAGCAGCUCAUCCGCUGCUCAGAUACAGGGGAGCACCUUCUGCUGGUGUUAAAAUCUCGGCUCGUUUCCCUUCCCGCUGCUCCUUGCUUUGUCACAGUGCUAGGAUCCCAGUGGCACGGCUCAGAUUUUACUAAAAUUGGUGACUUUAGUGGGAUUGCACCAACAGCUGCGGGGUUUGGAGCAACCUAAGCUCACCAACAUCCCAAAAAAACCUCUCCCUGCCCUUCUACAGCUCCCUGCUGGAGGCAGGACUGUCCCUCUCCUUAGACCUGCAGCUCAGGUCUGCAGAUCCAAAACUUCUAGGUGCAGUGGGUCAUCUUGGAGCGUAAGGACGCAGUUUAUCCCUUCUGACAUGAGCACAUGAAGCAGGGAG